CAGGAGCAGCAGCAACAGCAGCAGCCGCAGCCUCAGCCGCAGCCAACCCAGCAACUUCAGCGGCGGCGGCGGCAGCAGCAGCAGCAGCAGCUUUAGCUGUCUGCGCUUUAAAUAGGAUCCAUCUCAGCGACGCGGCAAGCAGUAACAAACUGUGCUCACUGUCGGCGGGCGGGCUCGGCCUGGGGACAGCGAGAAUCUGGCCUAAGGGACAACCACAACAGGAAAAUGCAGGCACAUGAAUUAUUUCGUUACUUUCGAAUGCCCGAACUUGGGGACUUCCGACAAUAUGUGCGUUCUCUCCCAACAAACACAUUAAUGGGUUUCGGUGCUUUUGCUGCACUCACAACUUUCUGGUAUGCUACAAGACCCAAGGCUCUGAAACCACCAUGUGACCUGUCCAUGCAAUCAGUGGAAGUGGAGGGGACUGAUGGUGCAAGAAGAUCUACAAUGCUUGACAGUGAUGAGCCAUUGUCGUUUUUCUAUGAUGAUGUAACAACACUGUAUGAGACCUUCCAGAGGGGUAUACAGGUGUCAAAUAAUGGCCCUUGCUUAGGCUCUCGGAAACCUGAUCAACCAUAUGAAUGGAUCUCCUAUAAAGAGGUUGCAGAUAAGGCCGAGUGUGUGGGCUCAGCACUGCUCCAGAAGGGUUACAAGGCAUCACCAGAUCAAUAUUUUGGCAUCUUUGCUCAAAAUAGGCCCGAGUGGGUGAUUAUCGAACAAGGUUGCUAUGCAUACUCAAUGGUGGUGGUCCCUCUUUAUGAUACCCUUGGAAAUGAAGCGAUAACGUACAUAAUUAAUAAAGCUGAACUGUCUUUGGUUUUUGUUGAUAAGCCAGAGAAAGUCGACCUCAUGUUAGAAUCUGUAGAAAACAAGCUAACCCCAGGUCUUAAAACCAUAAUCAUCAUGGAUCCUUUUGACAGUGAUCUCGUGGAACGAGGCAAGAAAUGUGGGGUGGAAGUAAUGAGCAUGAAAGCACUUGAGGACCUGGGAAGAGCUAACAGGAGGAAACCAAAGCCUCCAUCGCCUGGUGACCUCGCUGUGAUUUGUUUCACCAGUGGGACGACAGGCAAUCCCAAAGGUGCAUUGAUCACUCAUCAAAAUGUAGUCAGCGACUGUUCCGCUUUUGUGAAAGUGACAGAGAAAACACUUCGUUUGAACUCCAGUGAUAUACACAUUUCAUAUUUACCACUCGCUCACAUGUAUGAGCAGUUAAUGAUGUGUGUAAUGCUCUGUCAUGGAGCUAAAAUAGGAUUCUUUCAAGGAGAUAUCCGCUUACUUAUGGAUGACCUCAAGAUGCUUCAGCCCACCAUCUUCCCUGUGGUUCCAAGACUGCUGAACCGGAUGUUUGAUAAAAUUUUUGGACAGGCCAACACAACGAUGAAACGGUGGAUCCUGGAUUUUGCUUCCAAAAGGAAAGAGGCGGAACUUCGAAGUGGCAUAAUUAGAAACAACAGCCUGUGGGAUAAAAUUAUUUUCCACAAGAUUCAGGCAAGUCUUGGAGGGAAAGUAAGGUUAAUGGUCACUGGAGCAGCUCCUGUAUCAGCAACAGUUCUGACUUUUCUGAGAGCAGCACUUGGAUGUCAGUUCUAUGAAGGCUAUGGACAAACAGAAUGCACAGCUGGAUGUUCCUUGACAGUGCCAGGAGACUGGACUGCUGGUCACGUUGGUGCUCCAAUGCCUUGCUGUCUUAUAAAGCUUGUCGAUGUAGAAGAAAUGAAUUACUUGGCUGCCAAGGGAGAAGGUGAGAUAUGUGUGAAAGGGUCAAAUGUAUUUAAGGGCUACUUGAAGGACCCAGCAAAAACAGCUGAAGCUCUGGAUAAAGAUGGCUGGCUACACACAGGAGAUAUUGGGAAAUGGUUACCAAAUGGUACUUUGAAGAUCAUUGACAGGAAAAAACAUAUAUUCAAACUGGCACAAGGGGAAUAUAUAGCACCUGAAAAAAUUGAAAAUAUCUACCAGCGGAGUGAGCCUGUUGCUCAGGUGUUUGUACAUGGGGAAAGCUUACAGGCAUUCCUCAUAGCUAUAGUGAUACCAGAUGUGGAGACCCUAUCUUCUUGGGCAAAAAAGAAGGGUUUCAGUGGAUCCCAUGCAGACUUGUGCAAAAAUAAGGAUGUUAAAAAAGCAAUCCUAGACGACAUGGUGAGACUUGGAAAAGAGGCUGGUCUGAAGCCUUUUGAACAGGUCAAAGGUAUUGCUCUUCACUCAGAAUUAUUUACUGUGGAGAAUGGCCUUCUGACUCCGACACUGAAAUCAAAGAGACCCGAGCUCCGGAAAUAUUUCAGGUCACAGAUCGAUGAACUCUAUUCUACCAUUAAGAUUUAAUCUUGAGGAAGAUAGCUUGGAAAAAACAAAACCGCACACCUCCAAAAGAUCUACUUCUACUGUUGGCCUUCAUAUUGGUAAUUUUGACUACAGCAAACAUAGGGAAGGAGACUUGUUUGGACGGAGUUCUUGCCAUAGGAAUCUUGAAGGAAACAGAACACUGCCUUACUGUCACCUUGUGUUGCUGACCAUUUUGUGGUGAUAUACAAUUUCCAAAAUGAGCCUUAAAUUGUAAAGGGCAACUGUAUACUUGAUAAGUUAUUUGGGACUUCCUCAGCCCAAAAGGUGGGUGUUGACCCUUCUCUCCUGAUCCUAACUAAGGAACUAGAGCUUCCCUGUUUCUGAGAGGUCGAAUGUUUGAUAUGUUCUCUGCAGUUAGCUACUCCAAAGGGUACAUGGUACACUGGAGAAAAAGAAUCCUUUUAAAAAUGACAAACACGCACGAGUGGGGUAUACCAUACUUCAUCCAAACAUUAUUUAAGUCCCCUUUUCUCACCCUUCUUUAGAUGAGGGUUAUGAAACUCUCUCUCUCCCUUAUGCCUUAUCCUCAGGUUUACCCCAACCCAGAAAAGAAAGAAAUGUCUGAACUUUACUGUUUUAAACUUAAGGUUCACUGUAAACAGGACAAAAGCAACUGAGCAGAUUUGGGGUCCCAUAUGAAAGUCCUACAGAAUGUGGAUUCUAAUGCAAAGCAGAAUGCUACCAACAGAGUGUUUUCCUGAUCUCUCUCCUUCCCACCCCUCCUGCCAGUAACAAAUCUGCCUUAGACUCAACCAUGAAGACAAGAAUUUCAAGGACAUAUAUACCAUCAAUAGCAGGAUCAGUCAAGCUCAGCUGUGAUGACCUGAUAACCGUACACCUUAUCUCUACACUGCACUAGCCACUCUUUCUGUAUAAUGGCCAACGGGUUUUUAAUGUAGUUUUCAUUUCAGAAUAUCAUGCGUGAUUAAUGCUUUAUUUGUUUCCCAGAAUAAACUGUCUCAUACCAAACAUAUCACUUCAAAGGACAGAGGGAGUGGGUAUAUUUGAAUACGUUUUUGUUGAAAUCGAGGGUACUAUUUGACAGAAAUGGGCCCAUCUCAGAAAUCUAUUUAUGAGUUCUACAAAAUGUAUUCAGUAAGCCAGAACAAAUGUUAAUUAAUAGAGGGAUGUAUAAAUCUGAAAGGGAGGAAUCAAUUUUUCCUAAGAGUAAUUCCUGAGGGGUUUUUAGUUUAAUUGGGGAAAUUGGCAACAUUUCAAUUAUUACAGGUCUUGGCCAUAUUUGACUGAAUUAAGUAAUCAUUUUAAAUGAUUCUGGUUUUUGGAUCGAUGGGGUUAUAUUUAAUAUUCAAGCACAACAAGGUUUGCACUAAAGAGAUGUCAUUGUAAUAACACUAUUUGGUAGCCUAACUUCAUAAUGUGUGCUCUUAAUUGCACAAAUAUCUAAGUCGGUAAUUUAUCACAUUGGAGUUUUGGAUGUUUGCUUUAAGUGUUGGCUAUUUCUAUGUUUUAUAAACCAAAACAAUUUCCAAAAAAUAACGAAGGAAACCAAAAUAAAUAUUUCCGCAUUUCA